AUGCCGCGAACCGCCACCAGCUUCCUCAGUCGGAUCACAUCCCGCUGCGUGGGACAGAGAGCACAUGCCACAUAUUCUAAUGCCUUAUACAGGUUUUACACUCUAGAAGAUGAAAUAGAAAUCCAACCCACCCUCUUCUCACUGGUUCCUCAAUAA